AUGGAAAGUCCCGCGCAAGAUGAAGAUCCUCAGCGGUCAGUGCUUCAACAACGGGCCAUAGAAGAAGCGAGAUUGGCAUAUUCACAUUUACCUCAUGGCGAUGCAGUCUUUCGGCAGUGUGUCGAAGGGAAAGAAACGUUGCUGGAAGUCUUGAGUACAGUUGAUCAGAAAUGCCAAUCUCAGAAGAAGAAGAAAUCGACCAGAUUUUUAUCGAAGCUGCAGAAAUAUACAACAUGGUUGCAGAAUAUGAGUGCUGUGGUGGACAUUGCGGUACAAACACAGGCUGGGUUUGGAUGUCCGCUAUGGGCGCCGAUCAAGUUCAUAUUGAAGAUCUCGGACGAUCAUUCAAAAGCUACCGAGCAGGUUUUCAAUCUACUACAAUCGAUUACAGAGAGCCUUCCCCGACUCGAGGUUUAUGAAAAGUUGCAGUCGGACAAUAUACUGCAAAUUGCACUCCUGAACAUCUUUACCGACGUGGUGGAUUUUUCUGUGCGGGCCUUCCAAUUCUUUCGGCGGGGAACAUUAGGUAUGUCUCAGUGGUGGCUCAGAAUAUGGUAUUCUCUGCUUACGGGUCCUUUAGUGAGAUUAGCCCAGACUGUAGUACGCUCUUUUGAUCGAGAUAUUGGAGCCGUCAUAGCUCGACUUGAACGCCAUGCUAGGGUCGCUGACCAGACUGCUGUUGCCACGGAGCUUCUAGAAGCAGCGAAGUUCCGCAAAGAAGCCGGCCGAAGACAGCACGAAGAGUUAGAGAUACAAUGUGAAAGGUGGUUGAAACCUUCGGAUGUCAAACAUGUUCACCUGCAUCAAGUCCGGGCUAGAUUAGAGGGCACCUGCGACUGGAUCACAUCAAACGAUGUGUUUGGGAGAUGGAUUAAGCCAGGAUGCUUGACAAGCCAGGAUCGACUCCUCGUCAUCUCUGGCACUCAUGGCUGCGGCAAAUCAGUAUUGGCCUCCUCAAUAGUGGCUCGACUGGAAGAAAGCGAACAGCACACCCUAUUUUUCGCUUUUUCUAGCUCAGACGGAAGCCGACAAACUUCCGAAAGUCUCAUUAGAACACUCCUAUGGCAGUUGCUGCAAGAGACUACCAACAAAGAAAAUAUGAAUACUAUACACCACCUAAGAUUGGACGGCCAGCCUACCAUUCCGGAACUAUGGGAGGCCUUUGGACAAAUAGCUUCAUCACUGGCGAAGCCGGUAUACUGCGUUGUUGACGGGAUUGACGAAUGCACUGAUUACAAUCACACCAUGUCCGUCAAAAUUAUGCAAAUCAUGGAAGUAUGCCCAAACUUACGUAUACUUUUGCUGGCUCGGCCACACGUUAUUCAGAAACAUUCAGACAAUCCUGCUUUUGCGGCGAUUGAAAUUACUUCUGCGAUGCUGAAUCAAGAUAUCGAGGCCUUCAUUAACAAUGAAAUCGCCAAGUCAGACAUUCUUUCACUUCCGGAAUUCCGGACGAACGUCUACAAAACCCUUACGGACAAGUCUGAUGGCAUGUUUCUGUGGGUUCGGCUUAUGGUCGAUGACCUCAGGAAGUCAUCGUCAAAAUCCGAGUUCAGCGAGAGACUGCAGAAUUUGCCCCGUGGACUGGAGAAAGCAUACCAACUCCUUUUUCUCCACCUUUUUCAAAAACUCGACAAAUUUGAGCUACGUCUAGCACAUAAUGUCCUGGCCUUCACAAGUGCAUCGUGCCGCCCCCUGCGUUUCGAGGAACUUCGAUAUGCUCAUGCUAUGCAUUGCCGGUCGUUAGAAACAGUGGCGCAACCUCUCGAGGAGUACUUACUUCUACAGCCACCUCAAAGGGUACUUGAUGUUACUGGAGGCCUGGUCUCCAUGACAGACGGUGUCUUGCGCCUUAUUCACUCCUCUGUCAGAGACUUUUUGAUCCGUCCUGAGGAUCAAUGGGUCUGCGAACCUGACAGGGCUGUGCUAGGCUUUAGAAUCGACAUUACCCAGACACACCGUUCUUUCGCCUGGCUUUGUCUCGACUACAUGAGGUUGGAGCAAGAGGAGAGAAGAAAUUGGGAGCCCGAAACGUGUCAGUCUACGCAAGCUCUCUGGGAUAGCUAUCCUCUUCUUGCGUACGCUACGUUGUAUGCUUGUUUUCAUUUGAACCGAUCGUGGCCACCUUGUUCCAUCAGUCUAGCUAAGAUAGAAACUGUGUUAGAGUCAACACAGAGUAUACUCUGGGUUCAACACUUCGCCCACCUUCUGUUCGAAGAUGCUACUCUUGAGUCACAAAUGGACGAGCUCAUGGUUUGGGGUGACCGGAUGGCGGAUGCAGGCCUGGACAAAAGAUUAUUUGCCAUCUUCGAAGAAACUUUGAAGGAACGGAUUGGCCAAAUGCGAAGAGCGGGAAAGCAUGAUGAUCCACUCACAGAAAGUUUGCAAUUUCAUCUUAACCAACCUACAGGCGGACAAUCUGGAAGUUUUGGCCAGCAGCAAAACAAUGAAGCUACAGAUUCAGUUCUCGAGUCUGGCACAGCUGGCCCUAAUGUUGAGACUAUUUCUCCCUAUUCGAGCCCAUGCUCGAAUGAUUGCUCUGCUACCUUGUCUCGAGCCAUGGAUCUCCUGAAAGGCCGAAAUUCGUUGCCUAUCGGCCAUCAAAUUGAACUAUGUCUAAGACUGUCAACCUCUCUCCGCAGGACACGUGUUCUGAUCGAUCCUCUCAAGGUCCUCUUUCAAUUGAUCUUGAGGAAUGCCUCGGGUAUUCAUGUGUUUGCGCUUCUGGCUAUUGGCGAAUUCUACAAAAGGCUUGAGAAGUACCAAGAGGCUCUCGAAGUCUACACUGCCGCUUCCAGAAAGAUGGAUCAUCUAGAUGUACCACUAAAGUUCAGGAUCCACAGUUACAUGGGCGACUGUUAUCGGGCACUAUCUUUAGAUAUGGAAGCCUUGAGGUCCUAUGAAAGAGCAUUUUCCGGCCAAGAGAUCCUUCUUGGUAGUAGGCACUAUGGUACACUCAAAACUCUGAAAAUGAUGAUGCUCAUAAAUGACUGGAAUUCCCAAUAUACAGAGGUGUUAAGGCUGAGCGACAAAAUUUUCAUGCAAAAGGAAUUCGUACCAGAAUUGAAUCUCAUUGAUAAUCUACAACUCCACAACUUGAGACACAAUGCCUAUCUGAAGAUGGGCAAUCAUGACAGAGCGGCGCACGUGGAGAAAAGUCUACAGGCAACCCUGAAACUAUGCCGCGAAUCUUACAGCAAUGACGAUGGCAUUUCCCCCCGCCUUCUUCGAGAAAGGAGCUUUGCGUACUACAAUCUGGGUAACUACGAUAAGGCACUGGAAUCUUUCCAGCUAGCAUGCGAAGCCUUUAAGAAAUCAAAAGGGUCAACUUUUAGCCAUACCUUGUUCAUUCAAGCUAGCAUCGCUUUGACAUACGCGCGGCUAGGACGGUACUAUGAGGCAAAGAAAUUACUUGAAAUGGUGCAUGCAAAACAACAGAGUGUCCUUGGCCCCGAUCACCGAGAAGUCUGGUGGACAAGAAACAAAUUAGAAGCUCUUAAAUUCGUCGAUAACGAGUUGGGCGAGGAAGAGUUGGACGAUGACAAUCGUAGCAUGAUUACAACCUAA